UUACUUUCCUGUAAUGCAAAUAAACAUGCUGAAUUAGUAGAUACAGUCGGAAAAAUAACAAAAAUGUCUUCUGAACUCCAUUUCCCAAAAACCACUGCGGCAGAGACUUUUGGAGUCACUUUUAAAAGCGCUCGCCUCAUGGUUUUAGACCUUUAUCUGUGUAUUUAAACAUGUUUCGCCGUGCAUCCUAUUUUUCUACACAGUAAUAAAUACUCGUUGUCCUUUUAGUAAUGUCGGUCAAAGGUCACGCGGUCCUGUCACUCUCGCGCCAAUUCUGUAUUUCCGGUUGAGGCGCGCUGCAAACACAGAUGAUCAGGCAUGGAUCUGAGUGAUUUUGAGGUGGAUAACUCUGUGAGCUGCCGCUUGUCCUCGCCCAUCCCGGACACGUGUAAGACAGAGGACUGCUGCCUGGGCAUCGAUGAGGCGGGCAGGGGUCCCGUACUGGGACCCAUGGUGUACGGGAUAUGCUUCUGCCCCGUAUCCAGAAAGGAAGACCUGAAGACUUUGAAAGUGGCAGACUCGAAGACGCUGACGGAGGCCGAGAGGGAGAAUCUGUUUCUGAAGCUCGACGAGGCCAGAGAUUUUGUAGGCUGGGCCCUACAGGUCCUCUCACCAAACACCAUUUCCACCAGCAUGCUGCAGAGAGCAAAAUACAAUCUCAAUGCGCUGUCACAUGAUGCUGCUAUUGGUCUGGUACAGUACGCCCUGGACUGUGGGGUGCAGCUUAAAGAGGUGUUUGUGGAUACUGUGGGUCCUGCAGAAAAGUAUCAGGAAAAGCUCUCCCAGCGCUUCCCGGGGGUGGAGGUCACUGUCCGCCCCAAAGCUGACUCGCUCUUCCCCGUCGUCAGUGCUGCCAGCAUCUGUGCCAAGGUGGCUAGAGACCAUGCUGUCAAAUCCUGGAAAUUUGCAGAAGAUUUGGGUAACGUGGACACAGAUUACGGCUCUGGGUAUCCUAACGAUCCCAAAACGAAGAGCUGGCUGCUGAAGUAUCUGGACCCAGUGUUUGGUUAUCCUCAGUUUGUGAGGUUCAGCUGGAGCACGGCGCAGACGCUCAUGGACAGUAAAGCUGUUGCCGUUCACUGGGACGAUGAUGAGGAAGACGGAGAAAAAGCCGCUGCUCGUCGGAAUAAUACCUCCAUGUUGUCGUAUUUCAGCCGCAGCAAGCCGCCGGAGCUCGCGCACACACGAGACGCACACCGCUUUUUCACUGAGCGCAAACUACAGAGCAUCGACUCGCUCUGAAUACAAACACGGACCGUCACUGGGAGCCAAGCUCAAACAUAUCACAUGUAUCACGAAUACACGUCAGCUGGAUGUGAACAACAUUGUAUCGCAAAAUAAUCGGUUGUGCGUGAACCAGAAUGUAUCGUAUUCUCAUCUGUGUUUUUAUGGCGUGCAUUGUUCAUUUCUGCAUGUAAAAUAAAGGAAUUGUUUUUCAUUUUCA